AUGAAUAAAAGGGAUCAUCGUAACCCAUGGAAUGGCUUUGAUCUAGAAAAACCAGUUCAUGUUGCGCAGAAUUCACUAUUCAGUGAGAGUUCCGGGUGGAAGGAUUACCGUGGAUUUUUCAAUCUUGCGGUUCUUCUGCUAUUUGUAUCAAAUGGUCGUCUUGCUCUCGAAAAUCUCAUGAAAUAUGGAGUACUGAUAUCACCAGCUAGUUGGGUUUACUUUAUUUUAACGGAUCCGUGGUGGAAAUGGCCUAAUCUGGCAAUGGUGCUGAUGUCGAACAUAUCUGUUUUCAUUGUCUUUGUUGUAGAGAAGUUGAUGGCGUGGAAAUGGCUUAGCAAUCAGUUGGCUUUCGCUUUCUACUUGUGCAUAUUUUCAUUACAUAUAUUCGUACCUGCUGCAAUCACUUGGACUUUGCAGAAAAGAAAUCUCUUGACAUAUCCACACAGUUUAACACUACAAAAUUUAUACUACUUCAUAUUUGCUCCAACUUUAUGCUAUGAAUUGCAAUUUCCACGAACAAAUGGACGAAGAAAAUCGUUCAUUGUGAAACGAACUGCUGAGUUUGGUUGUUUGACAUUGAUCAUAAUAGCGUUAUGCCAACAAUGGAUAGUGCCUUUAUUACGUAAUAGCGUGGAACCAUUUACAACAAUGAAUUUUAGUUUGUGCAUCGAAAGAGUUCUUAAAUUGGCUGUGCCAAAUCAUGUAAUUUGGCUCAUUUCAUUCUAUACUACUUUCCAUUCUCUUCUGAAUCUUAUUGCUGAAUUAAUGGAAUUUGCCGACCGACAAUUCUAUUUAGAUUUCUGGAAUGCAGAAACUUUGGCAGUAUUUUGGAAGACGUGGAAUAUACCUGUACAUCGUUGGGCUCUUCGACAUAUUUAUCGACCAAUGAUAUUUAAUGGUUUUAGUAGGAUGAAUGCUGCAUGCGCUGUUUUCUUCGUGUCUGCAUUUUUUCAUGAGUAUCUCGUAUCAGUUCCGCUCCAUAUGUUUCGUUUUUGGGCAUAUCUAUGUAUGAUGGCACAAAUACCUCUCAGUAUCUUUACUGAGAAAAUGUUGAAAGGUGGUCGUCUUGGAAACAUUGUUAUGUGGUUAUCGUUGAUUCUUGGCCAACCUUUGACCAUUUUGAUGUAUGUACACGAUUGGUAUGUUACACAAUAUCCUCAUUCAUCGAAUCAUGUCGAUGCAUAUCGCAAUGCAACCACACAAUUUUAA